AUGCCAAUUCUCAAGUGGAAGCCCAAGAUUCAAUUUGGAAUUCGACGAGUGGAUUCGACCAGUCGGAAAAACCAAGAGGCCACGAAGAUUCCCCUUCCUAUUCAAAACUCAAAGUCUCAAGAUCCCCCAAGCGAUCCAAUUCUACCGAAUCCUAAUGGGAUUAACUCUACUAUGAAUAACACCAACUAUUUUACUAAUCGAGAUCAUUCCCCGACUCCUUAUUUGGAUCAAAACAUCAAUGUUCCAAAGGGACACAUCGCCAAUGGAAAUGUGAAUCGAAAUGGUGAAAGUUUUGGCCGACAAAACAUCAACAAUAAUGGAUAUGGCCAGAAUAAUGGCUAUGGCCAUAGUAAUCGCUCAUCGAUCUUGCACAGGAACGAGGGUGAUCAAGGCUUUCAUUACCUUCAGUUUGAUCGAUUGAAUAAUAAUCGGAGCAAAAGCCCGAGGAAUGUGAGGUUUGAAGACGGUAAGGGCCCUUAUUCGAUAUACGAAUUUCUUAUUUAUAUUUUUUUCUCGAAGUUGUUGGCAUUUCCCUCUUCCACUCCCAAGUUUUGGGCCACGUAAUGUGGAUAAUAUUACAUAACAAAAGGGGCCAAGAACAUGUCUUUUUAUUACAUCAUACGAUUCUUGAGGUAUUAGUCACUUUGUGGUUUUUAUGCAUGUGGGCCAUCAGAUAGUCUCAACGAUUUUAUGUCCUUCUUUCAUGGCAAAUUGCAUGAUUGAUCGGCGUUAGCGGUCAUUUCCUCCGGGAGAUAUUUUUGAGAGAUUUUCUGGCCGCCGAUCUUGUCGUAAUGGCUUUGUUCUGGAUUAUUGACAAGUAUUUGAAUUAUGCUGAAGAAAAAUACAAACCUUUGCCAUUUCCGGUGUCCGUGGAGGAUUAUUGUAAGUAUUGAUUGUUUCAAGGAGUAUCGCUGCCUCUAAUUUUAUAUUUAUUAUCGAGACUCGCAACAAACAAUUUUGUUGCUUUGGCUGCUAUAAUUAAUUAGAGUAAAGUCUAAACCUUUGCUGUUUGCUUUAGCCCCUCAAACAAAUUUUUAUUGGAGUUCUCGGUUUUCUCUGACCGGUACAGAGUACUUGAAUGUUGACAAACUCUUUUACUCUCAGCAGCGCUUUUUAUCAAAGAGAUCCCACUGUUUUUUAUCAGUGAACUCAUUUUUUGAACGGUGAUUAGUAAUGUUUUUUUGGAAAACAAGUUUUGCAAAGCCAUUAAUUAUAUAUUGAUUUGUCUUGGUUGUCCGGGGAUUUAAUCUUUUUGGCAAUCGAGAUUUUGUAGAUCGAUCUGUUGUAACAAAAAAAUCAAACGUAUAAAAGUCGGAUUUUAAUUCUUUGAUUUGGAUCUCGAGUCCCUCUGAAUUCCCUUUUCCCUGGGGUCAAAAGGGGUUCUUUUUGUGCGAAUCAGUAGAUCCGGUGGAAUUUCUCCUUUGUCAGUUAUUUUUUGGCCUAUAACCUUUGGACUUUCAGGUUAAUUACUCUCUAAAAAUCAGGAUUUGUACGAACUUUCGUAAAGUUUCCCUAAAGGUCACCUCACCUCUCUUACAUCCGAGCUUAACCGGCAUGGAAAAACAUGUGUCAUCGUUUGGGGUAAAUUGGGAAUCCUACAAAUAAAUGGGAUCGUCUAAAAAAGCCUCUUGGCCUUUCCUCUCGGCCAAAUCACAUGUCUGAACAAAAACACAUCAGCUGAAAGUUGAAGGGUUAUUGGGGAAUAUUAUCCUUGAGGUUGAGGCGGCCAAAAAAACGUUUAGAUUGUCUAAACAUUGACGUUUGAGACGUUUCGAAGCAUAGCUUAGGUUCCAUCUUUCUUGCAAUGUUACCAAUGUUCCUCUUAUAACACGCCUGAAUGAUUCCAGGUGUGGGCUCAAGCUCUGUUCCUGCCACCCCGAACUCUCAACGUCGCCAACCUCAAACUUAUCAGAAUGCAAAUGCCAACCGAGCUCUGACUGCUACAGUAACCUCCUCUCCACCUCAUGCUCUACCUCCUGCUUACAAUCCGAAUCGUUCCACUCCCCAGCCCAUCCCCAUGAAUAUUGUUGGAGCUGAGACUUUAUCUGGCCAUAUUUCGGAUUCUGGAAUCUCUCGGCAUUCAGAGUAUGUUCAAAGACAGCCAUCGCCAUUGACUGUGAAUGGACGGUCUAAUGGAUACCAUAGUGAUUAUGGGGCUUUACCAGGGAAGAGAACUCCGAUUUUGGGCAGAGAUAACGGGCACUUAAGUGAUGAUAUGAGUAAAGAAUACGUCCCACCGCGACCUCCCCGUCAACAAUAUGGAUCUUAUGCGCAGAACUCGGCAUCAGAAAGAGCUCAGCAGAUCAUCAACACAGUCAACGCCAAUCCCAAGAACCGAGCUAAUGCUAUUCUCCAGCAGCUAAGAUCUGACGAUGGAGCUCUUUCUGAGUCAGAUAUGUCGACAAAUGAGUUUCCAUAUCAGAGACUGCCGAUUCCUCCUCAAAGGAAUAGCUCGAGCAAUGUGCUCAAUCCAAAAGGUAUGUAUAUACAUAUCAGAUAAAAAAUAUUCUUCAGGCGUGGUCUACCUCGAGUUCAACAAAGAAGUGAAGCGAUCUGCUUUGCCAAUGAAGAUCUACAGCUUGGAACAGAUCAAGAGCUUGUUCCUGCGCUCAUUUCCCGCGCUGAAUUUACAAUUUUUGAAUCAGGAACACGUUAAGAUCUACAUUUCGGACAGGAAUUCAACUGGUGACAAUGUCUUGUUCUAUGAGCUGGAGGAUUUAAAGUAAGCUUGUUUUUGUCGCUUUCAAUAAAGUAACAUUUUUCAGUGACAUCCGAGACCAAUGUGUUCUGAAGAUCCAUCAAAACCAAGCGACGCGAAAUGGUCCCGCUCCCGUCAGAUUUACAGACGCUUUGCCAACAGAUUAUAUAAGCGAACCGGAGAUGUUGGAUGAUCGAAGUGGUCGAUACGCAUCCUAUCGGGGUCCAAAUCGACCGUCCAGUGUUGUCCCAAGCGAUCAGGCCAGAUAUCCGAUUUACGGAUCAAUUCAGAACGGAGGAAGAAAAAGCUCAAAUAUGUUGUCAUCAAGUCAUUAUGAGCCCUAUUACGAUCCGUAUUAUAGUGAUAGCAGUCAAGGUCCGAGAAGUGGAAGUGCAACUCCAGUGAUUGAUAAAGAGACAAGAUACAGGGUGGAGAAUAUGGAGAAGCAGCUGAGCGAUCUGUCCAAUAUGGUCAGGCAUGCGUUGCACAAGGAUCAGUCAGAGGCAAGUAUAUAAUUAGAAUUCUCAUCACUCUAAGUGUUCUCAAUUAUUUAUUGAGAAAGUUUUUAAAAUUUUUCUUAGUGUUCCUAUGACCUUCCUGGUGUAGCCUGGCUUGUAUAUCGUGUUAUAAAACUUGUAUUAGGCCUGUAGUAGAGUAAAAUCCUGAGGCAAAUCUUAUGCACCUGCAGCUCAUGUGCUGGAUAAGUAUAAUACUUCGAUUUUGAAAAAGACCCAUCUCGAGUGGUCAUGUUUGUACUGUCCACAAUAAAAACUUUUUGGCUAAACUAAUACUAUGCUUUUAGGAUAUGGUCGAUAUUGGACGCCGCCUCAUGGAAAUGCGUUCGGACGCCACUCGUCUCACUAAAUCCAACCGACCAGUCGAGAAGUCUCCACCAUUUAAUUCAUCAAAUCUCAAGGCAAUCCAACGAAAUGCGGCAAACCUUCAAUCAGGGCUAGCUGAGCUUAAAGAAUCUCUGAGAAUGGAUGCCCUUGCUAGAAGCGAUAUUUUAAGAGAUACUUUCUCCCGGCUGAACCACCGAAUAACAUUGUUUGCGGCUCAGAAAGAGAGAGAAAUUGCUGAUUUCAAAGCUCAAGCAGGUCCAAGUCAGGAAGAUUCUGUGCUGGAAGGACAGAAAGAUGAGCACAUUAGAAGCGUGGCGCAAUUGGAAGAGACUAUUCAGUAAGUUUAAAUCAAAAGAAAUUAUCCUUUUCUAGGAAUCUAGAAGACCGAAUCGAAGAGCGUCGAGUUAGUGUUCUCAGCAAGAAUCAGAAACUCCGUAUGAAUGAGGUCGAAGAGCUUGCAGCUCAAGUUAAUGGGUUGGAUCAGCAAACCGACAGUCUUAAGGCCGAGUUCCAGAAUUUGGAAGAAGAUGUCAAUCGUCACCUCAAUAAAUAUCGCGACGAAAUUGCCAAGGAUAUGGAAUUCCUGAGGCGAGAACCAAUUAAUCUGGAGAAUUUCCAACGAAGAUGCGCCGCUUUGCAGAAUAUGUUGCAAACAAUGAGAAAACUGGCGCUGGUGCAAGAUCCGGCAAUGUAUGACAGAAACAAGGCUGCGUUGAAUGGAGGUCCGAAGUUUAGUGUCUCGAAUGGCAAUGGAAAUAAUGGACAUAGUAAGCAAACUUUCCGUACAUCUUUGCAUUAUGACCGUUUUCCAGACCGCCAAGAUCUUCCGCCUCUUCCAAAUCCGAAUCGAAUCCCCAGUCCAAAGCCUUCUCGGCUAAAUAUUCCCCCUCCUCCACCGCCUCCAAGCACAUCAAUUCCCCCGAUCCCACAAUCUCCAAGGCAGAAUAUUAAUCCACCAAAACCAGCGCCCCUUCCGCCAUCAAUAACAUCCUCAACAAACAGCGCCAAUGUCCUCGAUUCGAUACUGGAUGAACUGAAUCAUACCGCAAAUUCAUUGCCAAAUAUUGAUCAGGUCAAAGCGAAUGGCCAAGUAGAAGGUAGUCCACCAAAGAGUCCUGUCAAAUCGCCGCAAAAGAAACAACAAUUUAGGAUAGCGGAGAACAAUGGAGGCACUGGAGGGAACAAACAAAAUGGAGUGCCAGAAAAGUAUGAUAAUGUUUGAUACGUAAGAAAUCGGAAAAAUUCGCUGCUUGGCUUGUAUUGUAAACAUAAUGUUUUGGUUCGCUUUUACCUUUUCAAACCGCUUUUUUUAUAUCCAUCUUUUUUUAGAGCCUCCGCUGUAGAUCAACGGCGUCGUGUAGAUAAUGUGGGCAGUCGAAUUCAAACUCGCCCGAUGGUCCCAACCUCAGUACAACGGACAAUAAUCUUACCAAAGAAUACAUGA